AUGGGUCCAUCUCUGCGAGAUACCUCUUAUGCCCGGCCGGCUACCCGGGACCGGCCUGCUACUCGCGGCGAGGGAGAAAAUUCGCUGGUCGUCCCAAGCCGCACCUCCUCUUUACACUCUCGUAUCACCCAACCAAUCCCCUCAACCCUGAACGUCAAGCCCGCGGCUCAGCGCACUCCUAAGACCCUCACCCAUGCUUACAUGGUCUGUGGUGUGGGCAGGGAGCCUUCCCAAUGGGUCAAGGCUCCCGCCCCCGCACAGGGCAAGAUUGGCCACAUGAAGGGCGCCGUUGGUCAAUUCUGGCUCCCGGAGAUUCUGGGCAGCAGCCCUCGCCUAGAACAGGAUAAUGAGAUUGCUCGAUCUCUGCAUUCGGCCAUGCGGGCUUGUUUCCCGCACGAUGUGGAGAUCUGCACUGGCAAGAGCCAGCCUCACUGUGGUCAUCACGCUUUCGUCCUCCAGCAGGACUCUUCCCACACUCUGUACGGUAUCGCGCUGCGCGUCUGGUCCCGUGCUGAUGAGAAGCGUGCUGAAACCAUCCGUGAGCUGCGCAAGAAGACUGAAGCCGACUUUUACGACAAUCCUGACGAGACGUAUUGGAUUCCCUACUGUUUGAGUUUCCUCUCCCGCUACCCACUGUACGACCUGUUGGGAGACUACCUCCGUGGGAUGUGGAUUCACUGGAACAAGGCCACCAACCUGUUCCACGCCGAGGAAGUUUCUCGUAUUCUCAGCUUCCCUGCGCCCCGACUCAACGACUUGGUUCGCAUCGACAUGAAGGACUACGCCCUCUGCUACCAGUUCCCUUCAUCCCCUACCGGGUUCCAGAAUUUCGCCAUGUGGCCCCUUUUCAACUGCCUGUCCAUCCCCAACAUCGUUGGUGUCAUGGAGGCGGCCGUUUCGCCUACUCGUCGUAUCAUCUUCGUCAGUCACUAUCCCGCUAUGCUGACUGUGGCCGCGGAGACCAUUCGCUACUGCGUCCGUGUCUAUGAGUGGAGUGGUCUGUACGUCCCCGUGGUUCACGCGCGUCACGUCAAAGACCUUGUGCAGGAGCCUGGCCCAUACAUUCUCGGUGUGACUGCUGAGUGCCGUACACUGUUCAAUGCUCCUUCCGAUGCUCUGGUGGUGGACCUGGACCGCAACUUCGUUCUGACCUCCAGCCCGCCCGAUGUGUUGACCCAGGGCCAGCGCACCAAAUUUAUCACUCGUCUGACUCAAGCCCUGAAUGGCGAUGUUACCCCCUCCGGUGUUCCCAACCACCUCCGCUCGGCCUACGCCGGUGGCAAGCUUAUCCCUGCUGGUCAGAUUAUUGUCAUGCGUGGUGAGGUUGAGAGCAUCCAGGAGCCCGAAUGGUGGAAUCAGGAUGCUGUCAUGAGCGUCAUGGACCACGUCUGCGAGAAGCUCGGUCGCAACACCGGAAUGAAGGCCAUCUUUGGUGGCGCUGUCAAGAAGCCCCUGAUGACCAAGGUCUCUAUGCGUCACCUUAAUGAGAUCGUCCGUGAGCGGAACCAGUACUCUCGUGAUGCCCAGGAGGCCUGGCAAGACUUCAUCAAUCUCAAGGGCCGAAUGGACACGGAGCUUAGCAAGGUUACCAAACGCAACAACUUCCUGGUUGAGGAGCUCGAGACCUGGAAGCAGCAGUUCCUCAAGUUCCAGGCUUUCGCCGAGCAGCUCACCAAGGAGACCACUGAGCUCAAAAACAAGAUUGAGAACCACAAGCGUGAGAACCGUCGCCUUACCGCCCUUAUUGACCAACAGAAGGAUGAUGUCGCUCGCCUUACUCUGCGCCUUUCUGGCACCGAGAAGCAGCGCGACGAUGCUCUCGAGGCUCUGGUUCUUCAGCAAGAGAUCGCUGAGGAGCUUGAGCGUGAGCGUAAGCGCAACCACAAGGAGCUUGGUGCUCUCGAGCACACCAACUCUACCCUCACCCGCGAGCGUGAUGAUGCCCAGCGCGUGGUUCUGCACCUGCGCAGCCUGAUCAACGGCAAGAGCCACCACAUGGAGCACAUUGUGCGCUCUAUUGGAAACUCAUCUGAAAUCUCCGAGAGCAUCGAGCAGGGCUACGAAGACGGUGUGGUGGAGGCCACAGAGAAGAAGGAAGAUGCAGGAAAGGGCAAGCACAAGUCAUCGGUAAAUACUAUGACCCCUGCACUAGAGCAACACAUGCUGAACACCUAUAAGGACCGCAAGAUCGCCCGUUUGAGUGUCAAUGACGUUGCUGACCGCUACCUGCGUGAAAAGACGGACGCCAUCGCCGAGAUCAUCCGCAGCAUCAGUGACCAAUGCGCCGCAGCUGUUGAGGGCCUGCACCUCGCUCAGAACGCCGAGGAUGACGAGGCCGAACACAAGGACCACAACCUCGAGCCUCAUCUCGUCUCCGACUACGAGAGCACCAUGGACGGCCGCACCACCCGCGCCCCCAGCGAGCUCAGCGACCUCGACAACCACUCUCUCCACCCAGACAACCGCGCUAGUACCAGCAUUCCCCCCAACGCCGGAUCUGAUCCACAACCGCUCAAGCACCUCCAUCGGUCCAGCCAGCAGUACACCACUGGCGAGAUUCCUACCCGCAUCGUCGAGGAUGACGACGAGCACGCUCACGAAGUUGAAUCCCAGCAUACCGAAACCGGCAACCUGUCCAAGCAGGCCAGCGAAGACCUCAUGCGGCCUCAGACCUCCCGCGUGAUCUCGUAG